CAUCCUUUGGUUGAUAGUACUAUUUUAGAACAGAAACGGCGAGGUCGCAGCAUGCUCGGCCGCCUCCGCGACUACCUCGUGGGCCUCUGGUGCGUGGCCAAGGACAUGGAGUCGGACGUCGUCGACUCGCUCACGGCGACGCCGUCGACGCCGCGGCUGCCGCUGCAUCUGGACCUGGCGUCCGACGCCCUCGUCGAGAGGACGCCCAAGAGUCCGGGGCAUCGGCGCAGCAUUUCGCUCGGGUCGUCGCCGCGCGCGCCGUACUCGCCGCGGCGUCCAAGCUUCACGGCGCAGGUGCAGAGCCUUCCGGUGCGGUCGCCGCGGCCGCCAUACGCGACGCAGGAGGCGAUGCUCAUGCGCAAUGUACACAUCAAGUUUGUGAAAGCGCGCGGGCUCGAGGACCACCGGACGCGGUAUGUGCUCUACUGCACCAACCUCGUCUCGGGCCGGCGCUGGGAGGUGAUCAAAGGGUUCCGGGACUUUUACGCGCUCAAAGUGACGAUCUUGCGGAAUCUGCUCUACGGCCACAAGUGCGAGGAGAUCUGCCCAUGGCUGUAUGCAUACAUCUCGUCGAACUUUCCACGGCGCCACCUCUUCCGAUCGCACUGGCGGAGCGUUGUGCUUGGGCGCAUGCAGGAGCUCCAGGUCUUCUUCGACUACCUCCAGGUCGUGCUUCGGCACCACGCGACGGUCCAGCCCAACACGUCGUGCCGCAUCAUCACGUACCUCCUCCCCAAGCUACUGGUCGACUUCUUCUACGGCACGGCGCACCCGCCGUCCGAGGCCGAGGCGUCCCCGACGUUUCUUGACGAGCGGCCGCGGGCGUCGAUGAAGGCGACGGCCACCGACUGCGCGAUCUGCUGCCUCCCGCUCAGUCAAGUCGAGAGCUGCCCGCUCUCACCUUCGAUCGUCCAGACCGGCGACGAUGCCUACAUCGACGAAGAUACGCGUCUGGAUGCGCAGCUGCGCCGGCAGCUCUCGCAUACCAACUCGAUCACGACGCUGGCCUGCGGCCACCGCUUCCACGACGAGUGCAUCUUAGAGAAGCUCAACCAGCGGCUACAUUGCCCGCAGUGCGGCCUCGUGCUGGGCGACGACGCUCCGGCGGCGGUUGUGCGCCCUGCCGCGCCCGUGGUCGGCUCGGUCUAGUCCAAAUUUUAACUGAGAUUCGCGUUUCAGUUUGAGUCCGACACUAUUUCUCAAAAGUCGACUCAAUCGCG